AUGAACUCCCAUAGCGAAGAAGAACAGAGGAUGAUCCUGGUAGAGGACCCGGCUCUCCGAGAACAGAUCUACGUCCACACGGUUUAUAAUGAGAUUGCUCCACACUUCUCGCAUACCAGAUACAAGCAGUGGCCAAUAGUCGAGGAAUUCCUUAAGAGCAGAACCCUUGGGUCAAUAGGUUUAGACGUGGGCUGUGGUAAUGGCAAGUAUUUGGGGGCUAACAAAAACGUGUAUAUCAUUGGUAGUGAUCGAUCUGAUCAACUUGUGAAUCUCGCUUAUACAAAUAACUCGAAAAUACAGAGUUUCUCGGACACUCUUGUGGCCGAUGGGUUGAAACUUCCGCAUUUUGGAAAUCUGUUUGAUUUUGUGAUUUCCAUUGCGGUAAUUCACCAUUUCUCGACUCCUGAGAGACGGAUCGAGGCAAUCAAACACAUUAUCAGUAAAUUGAAUGUUGGAGGAGAGGCGCUUAUUUACGUAUGGGCCCUUGAACAGCAGAAUUCUCGCAGAGGGUGGAAAGAAGGUAUGCCCCAGGACAUUUUAGUGCCAUGGGUGCUCCAGAAAAAUAAAAAAAAGAAGAAUAGGAAUGAUGAAGAUCAAGAAGGAACGCAGGAAGAGGAACCAGAAACCAAGAUGAGAUAUUACCAUUUGUAUAAAAAGGGAGAGCUCGAGGAGAAUGCCGAGGCUGCUGGUGCUGAAGUGGUUCGCAAUGGAUAUGAGCGAGACAACUGGUGGGCUGUCAUCAAGAGAAAGUAA